GAUUGCACCAACUCUUGUUUUGUGAUUGGGGAUGAACAGGCAAACUCUCCCAAAGAUUUCAAUGAGUGUGUUAGUAGAGCUCAACUUCAAGCUGCCAUGGAGGAAUCCCAGAGAGGGAUGAAUGAUGCAAUCAAGAAGGCUGUCACCGAUGCACUAAUUGAUCUCAAGCUUGGUAGCAGCAUAGAGAGGUUGGAUAGGCGGAUAUCUACUUUAACCGAUAAGGUUACAGAGUUAGAAAACCGUCUACCAAAUGAGGAAGAUAUGGGAGGAAACAACUCGAAUGAAGAUGCUAUUUUUGAUGAGGAUGGAAACAUAGAUGCUGCAGCCACCCGAACAGCGAUGCUACGACAUCGUCUACGUGAGAACAGGAGAGGUAUGGGAGGUCAUCGACAUCAAGGUCAUGCCCAACAUGCUCCCGAUGAUCCUUAUGCUAAGGUAAAGUUCACAAUUCCACCUUUUUCAGGCCAUUAUGAUGCUGAGGGGUAUCUUGAUUGGGAGAUGACAGUAGAGCAGAAAUUUAGUGCCCACCUUGUUCCUGAAAGACAUAGAGUUCGACAAGCCUCUAGUGAGUUUAAGGAUUUUGCAAUCAUUUGGUGGAGUGGGUUAGCUGCAGAAAAUGCUUUACCAACCACAUGGGAACAACUUAAGAUAGCUAUGCGUGAUCGUUUUGUUCCCCCUUCCUACCAUAGAGACUUGCGUAAGAAAUUGAUGCGCCUAGAGCAAGGAGAGAAAUCUGUCCAAGAUUACUAUGGGGAGCUCCAAAAGGGCAUGAUGCGUUGUGGUGUUGUGGAGGGGCCUGAGGAUUCUAUUUGUCGUUUUUAUUCGGGUCUAAGGCGUGAGAUUCAGGACAUUGUUGAUUAUAAGGAAUUUAACACUAUCAACCAGUUGUUUCAGUUUGCUAUGCUUGCAGAGAAGGAAUUGCAGGGACGUGAGCAGCAAGGCAGGGGCAAGUCCACCACCUCCUACACGCCACGAACAACGACAUCAACGGGGCUGAACAAGUCUGCAACUUUCCGGAUGCCACCACCACCAGCUAGCAAGCGACCAGCAGCUUCGGGAGUUGCUGCAGUGCCCACACGGUCCUCCGAUUUAGGUAAAAAUUCUGCGCAGGUACCCGCAAAGAGUUCAUCAUCCAUGGCAUCAACGGGGCGCACCUCUGGCAUCCAAUGCCACCGUUGCCAUGGGCUUGGCCAUGUGCAGAAGGACUGCCCAAGUCAGCGAGCAUACAUUUCUACAGAGGAUGGCUACAUCAGCACCUCUGACAUUGAAGAUGAAGAAGAGAAAGAAAAUGAUGAUGGUGAAGAAGAGAUCCUUGGCGGAGAGGAUACAGCGACCUAUAGGAGCGCCAUUGUUCAGCGGGUGCUCAACACACAAGUGCAACAGCCCGACCAGCUGCAACGCCACAAUCUAUUUCAGAUUUUCUUCGUCAUCAACAACCGACGUGUGCGAGUCAUUAUUGAUGGAGAUAGUUGCAAUAAUUUGGAACAAGAAAAUAUAAAAGUGCCAUCUGUUGAUGGUGUACCAGUACAAAAUAUUUUCACUAGUACAUCUCUACCCAAGGAAGGGAUGUCUGAAGCAUACAUGACCAUCAAUACAUUCUCUCAACUAUUAACGCCAUAUGAGUUUGCAGGCGGAGCUGGAGAAACGUGCUGCCACAUCGGCGAGCCGGAGGAGGAGCGGCGCGUCAUGGCCACGAGGCUGCAGCGCCUCCUGCGGAGGAUGGCCGACGAUAGGCGCCGGACGCUGGAGGCCGCUGCCACCCUCAGGGAGGAGCACCGGCACCGCCUCCUGCCGGAGCCCGCCGACGCCAAGCUGGAGCGUGAGCUCGGCAACACCCGCCAGUCUUCGUCGAGGUGGAGCUGCUGCGCCGCUGCGGAUGCGGUAGGAGAUGGAGAAGGAGCGCCAGAUGCUGCAGAUGGUCGAGGUCUCCGACGCUGA